AUGAAAAGAAAGAACAUAGGCUUUUACAAAUCACCAUUCCUCCUCACUAAGAAUAGGAGGAAAAAAACUUCUUCAAAACCUGAUUUUUAUCUACCAGAGGACUGCUGGGAGCAUGUGUUCACAUUCGUCACCGACCACAACCGCAACUUUAACUCUUUAUCACUCGUCUCUAAAAUGUUCCUUUCCAUAACCAAUCGACUCUUAUUCUCUCUCAAAAUUCGCGAUCCACAGCUUUGCUUUCUCCGCCGUAUCUUCCAUAGAUUCUCCAACCUUAAUUUCCUUGACCUCCAGUUCAACUUCCAUCAUGAUUUGGAUGCAGAUAUUGCUUUGACUCUCCGUGACAUACCAACAUUGAAAUCUUUAUCUAUUUCCAAUAUUGAUUUAAAGGAUGAAAAGUACUCUCCUUCGCUGCUCAUUGAUUCAUUACUCAGUUUGAAGCUUUUGAUUAGUCUUAAGUUCCGGGAUUCGAAAUUAUCAGAUGAUUUGCUAUACUCUAUUGCAAGGGAAGCUCUUCCUUUGAAGAGCUUUGUCAUCAAAUAUUGUACCGACUAUACUUACAAUGGAGUUUAUUAUUUGUUAUCCAAGUGUCAUUCGAUACAACAUCUGGGUCUUUAA